GCGAGAUCGAGGCAACAAAAACACUGCGCUGACGACCGUGAGCUGUACCACCGCGGCGCCCUAACCAAAACUGCUGGCCGUGGGGUGUUUACGACGUGACCGAGGUGCUGGCCCAGGGAGGCACGUCGAAUUUUGGGCGCUUGCGUGGCUGUGAAGCCGAGUAGAGGCCCAAAGCGAGUCGGGCCAAAUUGGCCCCGCGGACGGCCCCUCGACGCUCUGUAGCCACCUCGAGGACUGCCCGACGACGCGCCGUCGCCGCGCCGUGGUUUGUAGCCGUAAAAAAGCUACAGAGACGGAACGCUCGACCGAUUGCAGUCGGGCGAAGCGCUGAGUCCCGCCCCCCCCCGCAGGUCGUGAAGCAGAGAUGCCGUCGCGACGGACGGCGGUGCUGGCCGCCCUCGCGGCGACGGCCUCGGCCUUCGUCGCGCCGAGCCUCCAGGCGCCCAAGGUCGCGCCGAGGCACGCCCUCGUCGAGGAGGGCGCCUUCGUGCCCGACAUGGAGCGCCGGAACAUCAUGAAUUUAAUUCUGGUCUUCGGCGGCGCUUUACCUGCCGUAGGUGGAUUAGCUAUCCCGUACCUCCUCUUUUUCAUCCCGCGCGGCGGCGGCGGCGGCGGCGGCGGCCUGCCCGCCCUGACGAAGGCCGGCGACCAGGUGACGUUCAAGAGCUGGCUCGACUCGCACCAGGUCGGGAGCAGAGAGCUCGUCCAGGGCCUCAAGGGCGACGCGACCUACCUGAUUGUCGACGACAACAAGCAGAUCCGCGACUACGGCAUCAACGCCGUCUGCACGCACCUGGGCUGCGUCGUGCCGUGGAACAAGGCGGCGAACAAGUACAUGUGCCCCUGCCACGGCUCGCAGUACGACGAGACGGGCAAGGUCGUCCGCGGGCCGGCGCCGCUGUCGCUCGCGCUCGCGCACAUCACGGACAACGCGGGCGUCGUCACGUUCACGCCGUGGACGGAGACGGACUUCCGCACGGGGCUGAACCCGUGGUGGAAGUAGAUUUCCUCCCCCCUGUCUAACAAAAACUCGCGUUUA